AUGAAAAAGCGACAAGGUGAUAUAAAGGGAUUUAUUUCUGAAAUGAAGAAAGUUCACGAUGAUUUCAAAAAAAAAAAAGUAAAAAAUGUCUUAGAUGAAGAAGUUCCGAAAGAUGAUAAUUUCAAAAUUUCAAAUGUAGCAGCUCCCCAAAAACCUAAAUUAAAGGGAAUUUUGAAUAUGUUUUAAAAAUAAUAUAUCACCAAUACUAAUAAAUUUUUACCUAAUAAAAAGUAAAAUAAGGAUUAUUCAUAACAAUAAUAUUAAAAUGGAUCAGAAGGUGGUGAUAAAAAUGAAGAUAUUGAUAAUGCAUUCUAUAGUGGUAGUUGA